UAGACACAGCCGUGAUUUUUCCUGCCUAAGCUACAAAAUACGAAAAGAUCACAUCUUCAAGAUAAAUGUGUCAUCUUCUUGAACCCACAGCAAGAAUUCACGAGACCCAAGAAUCGCCUCAUCAGUCGCCCUCGAGAUGGCAAAAUUCCUAUCAUCCGGGUUAUUCCCAUAUCAGCCGAUCCCAUUCCUCGUCGCCAAGAGCUUUCAAGUCAUAUCAUCAUGUCUUGUCGCUGGCAUAAUGUUCUUCUUUAUCGCCCACCUGAACCAGGAGCACGUCAAAAUUCCGUGGAUGUUCUUUUUUCUACAAGGCUCCGCCCUUGCAACCCUCGUCUCUAUUACUGCCAUGGGCAUCUGGAUUGUCCUUCGCUCACCCGUUCCAAAGACGAGCGCAUUUGUGAACGCAGUACUUGCGGCCCUUUGGGCUACAGGUUACGGACUCCUCAUAAAUGCAAUCGAGCCAACUAUCUUGAUUCCUUGCACCAAGAGGCGCUGGGGCAAUGAUCGCGGCAUUUUAGUGUGCGGCCUCUACAAGACUUUGUUGGCGGCUGGGGGAACUGGCCUAUUGAGCUCUAUUGCCAUGGUGGUGGUUGAUAUCACUGCUGCUCGUAGGCUCAAACUAGGAAUACAAGGUAGUAAGGAGCGAGAAAAGCUUUUGAGCAAAGAUGGAGGCGAAACAGAGUAUGCUCCUGUGUGGACUGGCCAGUCUACAACACCAGUGGGACUGGAGCCAAUGAGAGAUGAGUAAGCUGUGCAUUGAAAAUACUCCUUUAGGACAGUCGCAAGGACAGUAAGCUGCUACUCUCUAUUCUUCUGAUUUAUACAAAGUCUUGUGUUCUCUGCCAUCCUCCAGCCUGACUAAAGCUUUCAUCUUUGUG